AUGGAGUCCCGGUUGAGCUUGGCCUUGACAGUGGCCUUCUUGUGCCUCCUGGUGGCCUGCAUGGUGGCAGGUGGCGACGCCAAGCUUUCCCUGCUCGGUCGUGUCGCGCUGGAGCCUGCGGUUGGCUCGCAGUCGCUGCGAACUCCGCCGGCCGGCUGGGUCUCGGUCUCGCACCAGCAGCCCAGCCGCGCGGCAGUGGUGCCCCUCACCUUUGCCCUCACGCGCCGCGACUCCGGCCUCAUCCAGGCCAAGCUCCAGGAGGUUUCCACCCCGUCGAGCCCGCACUAUGGUCGUUAUCUGAGCGCGAGCGAAUUGGCUGAUCUGGUGGCGCCCCCGGCCGAGUGGGUCGCGGCGGUGGUCGAUUGGCUGGCGUCGCACGGCGUGCGUUCCUACGAGCUGUCCCGCAACCGGGACUACAUCACCGCCCACGUCGACGCCGACCAGGCCGAGGCCCUCCUCGCCUGCUCCUUCGGCCGCUUCCGCCACACGGAGACGGGCCAGGAGGUGAUGCGCUGCCUGGCUGAGUACUCGGUUCCGGCCCACGUCGCGCCCUUCCUCGACUUGGUCGCCGGCGUCAUCCGUUUCCCUAACUAUGGCAAGGGUCAGUUGAAGGCCAGCGUGGACGCCUUCGGGGCCGACGCGCCGAGCAAGGUGCCCAUCACGCCGGACAUGAUCCGCAAGCUCUACAGCAUCACCAAUGUCCCCAAGGUCGCCAACAACCUCCAGGCGGUGGUGUCGUUCCUGGGCCAGUACUAUUCGGCGCAGGACCUGCAGCAGUUCCAGAAGCUGUACGGGACGCCCGUGCUGCCCAUCGAGCACACCUUCGGCCCCAACGACCCGACCGCGCCCGGCGUGGAGGCCAGCCUCGACGUCCAGUACCUCACCGGUGUCACCGGCGCCGGCCGCGGCAGCUUCGGGGAGAACAUCCCGACGUGGGUCUAUUCGACGCCCGGCAGCAGGCCCGGCGGAAACGAGCCCUUCCUCGACUGGCUCCUCUUCCUCCACAAUCAAACCACCCUUCCCCACGUGUUCUCGAUCUCGUACCAGGAUCUGGAGUACACCGUCUCUGAGUCCUACAUGCGCAGGAUCGACGAGGAGUUCGCGAUGUUUGGUCUGCGCGGGCGCACCUUCGUGACCGGCAGCGGCGACUGGGGCGUCGGCUGCAAGCCCGACUUCCACAAAUGCACCGUGUUCGUCGCCGACUUCCCCUCCUCCAGCCCGCACAUCGUGUCGACGGGCGCCACGUUCUACAACGACUCGACCGGCCGCGAGAACGGCAUCGCCUUCAGCAGCGGCGGCUUCUCCUGGUCCUUCGAGCGUCCGUCGUAUCAGAAUGCGGCGGUGGAGGCCUUCCUCCAGCGCACCCGCACGCCAGGCCGCGCCUUCCCCGACAUCUCCGCCAUCGGCUCCAACUUCCAGGUUGUGUACAACGGCACCGUCAUCCCCGUCGCCGGCACCUCCGCCUCCACGCCCACGUUCGCGGCGGUGCUGUCGCUGAUCAACAGCCUGCGGUUGGCGGCGGGCCGCCCCACCCUCGGCUUCGUCAACCCGUUCCUCUACCAGGCCGCCUCCGCCUUCACCGACAUUGAGGAGUGCCAGAAGCAGGACCCCGGGUGCUGCAGCACGUCCUUCGCGUGCGAGAAGGGCUGGGACCCCUACACCGGCCUGGGUACGCCCAACUUCGAGAAGCUCGCGGCGUUGGCCAUGGACGCCAGCCUCUUCAACUUCCCGCCGGCCGGUCUCCCCCUCCACGCCUAA